UUCCAAUUGGAAGGAGGUAGGGAAAAUAAGUGCUUUAAUUCCUAGGAUUUUGGAAGUAAAAACAGAAGGCCAAACAAAAAUGGAAUUUUGAGGCAAAUGUAAAGCUUUGAACUUGUAUAUCUCAAAGUAUUAUACAGUGUAAACUAUCAUGAUUAUUAACCAACUAUAAAUAGUUCUUUUCUUUUUUUAAAUUUUAUUUUUAAUUUUAGAGAUAAGGGUCUUGCUAUGUUGCCCAGGCUGGAUGCAGUGGCUACUGACAGGCAUGAUGUGGCACUGCAGCCUGGAACUCUUGGGAUUAAGUGAUCCUUCCUGCUGCUUCUAUCUUAGAAAAAAAAAAAGUUACGCUUGCUUGUUAAAAUAUUUUUAAAAUGCUGUGUUUAAACUAAAAUGUAAAUAUCCGCCCCACCUCUGACUUCUAAAAAUUAUCUAGAGUAUGACUGAUAAGAUUUUUACUUUUAAUCCCACAUAAGCCUAACAUUUGUGUUCAUUUCCAACAACCAAAGUGUGUCACUUUUAUACCAGAAUUUUGUCCUGCUUGUACACUCACUACAGACCUCUCAUGGGAGAGAGCAUCCAUGCAUUUAUAAAUUGUUAUUGAAUAAUUUUAUUGAAUGAUGACACCCAAACUGAGCUAGAACAUCUUUUGUGUGAUCUUGGAUAAGUCACUCUCCUUUCAAUUUUCUUGUCUCACAGGGAGAUAAAAAUCCUAAAAACGACUGUAAAGUACAGCACUUCAUAGAGUGCUUUUUGUUUAAAGAGCUGACAAUAAAUACGAGUCACAAGGUCUAGCAAAACCUCUCUCAGAACCUGAGCUGCUUGAGGACAAGGGAUUUUCUUGUUCUGAAUGAGCAGUACCUUAUUUGUGUAUCUGUGAUAAGAGUUCCUGGUACAUAAGACGGUCUCAAUAAAUAUGUGAAUUUAUGACUAUUAGGCAGAUUGCAAUCUUGACAGGCCACUGCCUCCUAAAUCUCUUUUCUAUGAUCUUUUAAUAUUUAACAUCUAAAAGGCCGCCACUACUUGUUUUGGGAUAAGUGUCCCCGGUAUGUACUUUAAAAUGCCCAAGCCUUGAGAAAUGAUUCUUGUCUUCAGGGCACCAUUUCGCUUUCCCACCGUAAAGCGCCCCAGGCUUGGGAUCUGGGUCCCAAGGCUACAGGGAAGAGUUUGGAACGGGAAGCUCAUCUUCCGGCCCUCUGAUUGGCCGGCUCGCACUCCACUCACGCGGCGCGCGGCUCUGAUUGGCCUCGGCGGCACCCCUCGGCCCGCGACUACUUUGUGUGCUGGGGCGGCGCGCUCAGGUCCUCCCGCUCAGCUGGCGGGUCUGGGCUGCUCUGAGGCAGCCCUUCGGCCCACUGCUCUGCAUCGCGGGCGCCGGGAAUUUUCCGAGUCCGAGCGGCAUGUAGAGUCCAUGAAGUACGGGACGAUAAAGCUUCCUACACAUACCACCAGAAGGAUCUCUUUGAAAGAUUCACCACAGGACUACUAGAGAGAAUAAUUUGUCCGAAGCAUCAUGUGUUGAAACAACAGAAGUCUAUCCACCUGUGCACUAACUAGAAACAGAGUUACAAUGUUUUCAAUUCUUUGAGCUCCAAGACUCCAGGGAAGUGAGUUGAAAAUCUGAAAAUGCGGCCAUGGACUGGUUCCUGGCGUUGGAUUAUGCUCAUUCUUUUUGCCUGGGGGACCUUGCUAUUUUAUAUAGGUGGUCACUUGGUACGAGAUAAUGACCAUCCUGAUCACUCUAGCCGAGAACUGUCCAAGAUUCUGGCAAAGCUUGAACGCUUAAAACAGCAGAAUGAAGACUUGAGGAGAAUGGCCGAAUCUCUCCGGAUACCAGAAGGCCCCAUUGAUCAGGGGCCAGCUAUAGGAAGAGUACGCGUUUUAGAAGAGCAGCUUGUUAAGGCCAAAGAACAGAUUGAAAAUUACAAGAAACAGACCAGAAAUGGUCUGGGGAAGGAUCAUGAAAUCCUGAGGAGGAGGAUUGAAAAUGGAGCUAAAGAGCUCUGGUUUUUCCUACAGAGUGAAUUGAAGAAAUUAAAGAACUUAGAAGGAAAUGAACUCCAAAGACAUGCAGAUGAAUUUCUUUUGGAUUUAGGACAUCAUGAAAGGUCUAUAAUGACGGAUCUAUACUACCUCAGUCAGACAGAUGGAGCAGGUGAUUGGCGGGAAAAAGAGGCCAAAGAUCUGACAGAACUGGUCCAGCGGAGAAUAACGUAUCUUCAGAAUCCCAAGGACUGCAGCAAAGCCAAGAAGCUGGUGUGUAAUAUCAACAAAGGCUGUGGCUAUGGCUGUCAACUCCAUCAUGUGGUCUACUGCUUCAUGAUUGCAUAUGGCACACAGCGAACACUCAUCUUGGAAUCUCAGAAUUGGCGCUAUGCUACUGGUGGAUGGGAGACUGUAUUCAGGCCUGUAAGUGAGACAUGCACAGACAGAUCUGGCAUCUCCACUGGACACUGGUCAGGUGAAGUGAAAGACAAAAAUGUUCAAGUGGUCGAGCUUCCUAUUGUAGACAGUCUUCAUCCCCGUCCUCCAUAUUUACCCUUGGCUGUACCAGAAGACCUCGCAGAUCGACUUAUACGAGUGCAUGGCGACCCUGCAGUGUGGUGGGUGUCUCAGUUUGUCAAAUACUUGAUCCGUCCACAGCCUUGGCUAGAAAAAGAAAUAGAAGAAGCCACCAAGAAGCUUGGCUUCAAACAUCCAGUUAUUGGAGUCCAUGUCAGACGCACAGACAAAGUGGGAACAGAAGCUGCCUUCCAUCCCAUUGAAGAGUACAUGGUGCAUGUUGAAGAACAUUUUCAGCUUCUUGCACGCAGAAUGCAAGUGGACAAAAAAAGAGUGUAUUUGGCCACAGAUGACCCUUCUUUAUUAAAGGAGGCAAAAACAAAGUACCCCAAUUAUGAAUUUAUUAGUGAUAACUCUAUUUCCUGGUCAGCUGGACUGCACAAUCGAUAUACAGAAAAUUCACUUCGUGGAGUAAUCCUGGAUAUACAUUUUCUUUCUCAGGCAGACUUCCUAGUGUGUACUUUUUCAUCCCAGGUCUGUCGAGUUGCUUAUGAAAUUAUGCAAACACUACAUCCUGAUGCCUCCGCAAACUUCCAUUCUUUAGAUGACAUCUACUAUUUUGGGGGCCAGAAUGCCCACAACCAAAUUGCCAUUUAUGCUCACCAACCUCGAACUGCGGAUGAAAUUCCCAUGGAACCUGGUGAUAUCAUUGGUGUGGCUGGAAAUCACUGGGAUGGCUAUUCUAAAGGUGUCAACAGAAAACUGGGAAGGACGGGCCUAUAUCCCUCCUACAAAGUUCGAGAGAAGAUAGAAACGGUCAAGUACCCCACAUAUCCUGAGGCUGAGAAAUAAAGCUCGGAUGGAAGAGAUAAACAACCAAACUCAGUUCAAGCCAUUUGAGCCAAACUGUAGAUGAAGAGGGCUCUGAUCUAACAAAAUAAGGUUAUAUGAGUAGAUACCCUCAGCACCAAGAGCAGCUGGAAACUGACAGAGGCUUCAAUUGGUGGAAUUCCUCUUUAACAAGGGCUGCAAUGCCCUCAAACCCAUGCACAGUACAAUAAUGUACUCACAUAUAACAUGCAAACAGGUUGUUUUCUACUUUGUCCCUUUCUUUCAAUGUGUCCCCAUAAGACAAACACUGCCAUAUUGUGUAAUUUAAGUGACACAGACAUUUUGUGUGAGACUUAAAACAUGGUGCCUAUAUCUGAGAGACCUAUGUGAACUAUUGAGAAGACCUGAACAGCUCCUUACUCUGAGGAAGUUGAUUCUUAUUUGGUGGUGGUAUUGUGACCACUGCAUUCACUCCAGAAUGAGAAUGGACGUUUGGUUUUUUGUUUUUGUUUUUGUUUUUUUCCUUUAUAAGGUUAUCUGGGUUUUUUUUUUUUUUAAUAAUUGCAUCAGUUCAUUGACCUCAUCAUUAAUAAGUGAAGAAUACAUCGGAAAAUAAAAUAUUCACUCUCCAUUAGAAAAUUUUGUAAAACAAUGUCAUGAACAAAUUCUUUAGUACUCAAUGUUUCUGGACAUUCUCUUUGAUAACAAAAAAUAAAUUUUAAAAAGGAAUUUUGUAAAGUUUCUAGAAUUUUGUGUCAUUGGAUGUUAUGAUGAUCAGCCUUAUAUGGAAGAACUGUGAUAAAAAGAGGAGCUUUUUAGUUUUUCAGCUUAUUUACUUUGUUUUUUUUCCUGUUUCUGAUAUAGUAACUAAUUCUUAACUCAGAGACAUUGGUCGAUUUUAAUACUGAAAACCAAUUUUCAUUGGUACUCAUUACAAAAUUGCUAAGAACACUCUUUGGGAACUUUCUUUCUCUUAUUUUGGACAUUGUUUUAACUGAGUGAAAUAAUCAUAACUCCUUGCUCCCAGAGAAGCUAUCACCUCCAUUUCUAAAACAAUUACAGGUUUGUUUGAUAGUCUUUCUUAAUGUAUUUAUUAUCGCUUUUUGUGAGUAGGGUCCUGUUUUAUCCAGGAACCAAUUUCUGCCCUGGCCUAUCAUGCCCUGCUUUUGAGAGUACCAGGUGUCUUAGGGAUUGGGAAACUGGCUGUUUCUGAAGUAUAUGUCUCAUAGUAUGUAGAACCUGGUGACCAAGGGAGAAGAGGGACCAGUGGGAGACCCACAAUGGAUUGAGUCUUGGGAUUAUCUCUUCCAAAUACUUCCAUGUUAGAAUCACUUCAGAAAAUAAGACUUUGAUGUUUUGUCUCUGAACAUCACUUUUGUCCUCAUAAAAACACUUCCUUAUUGUAUGUAGCCUGCCUCCUACAGAGGCCUGGCAGGAGUUACUCCAUUCUAAAAGAAAAAUAUCUCUGUAGGAACGACUUUCAGGCCUGAUGUUAAAUAUCAGGGAUCCUAGGCAGAAACUGUUAGUCCUGGCCUUCAUAUCUUCACCAAAUGAAAAUACUGUAUAUAAAAAUCUCACCACCAAAUUUAACUAAAUUCCUUUUCUCAAGUCAAACCUCCCAAAGAAAAAGGAAAUUAACUUCCUACAGUGUCAGCAAGCAAUUUUCCAUUUAGUUUUGGUACAAAUAAAAGUCAUUUGAAACAA